UGCAUUUUUACUCUUUCUCUUGUUAAUCUGGUCAGGGUUCAGUCUGGUGCUCUGGAGAGAGAUUGGUCAGGUUGAUGUUGGUGGGGGUCGGCAUUAGAAGUGCGCCCCAGCUAUGAAGUCAGCGAGGGGUUAGACUCCGCUAAUCCGCGUUAACAGAUUAAUUAUCUUUGGGUAAUAUCGUGUCACUGCGGUGUUGUGAAGUCACUCGGGUGUUAGGCUAUGAAGGGCUACAGUGCAACGAUAAAGAGUCCCUUAGGGGUGUCUCCUCAAUCUUAAUCCCCCUUUCUCUCUCUCCCUCUCUCUCUCUCUCUCCCUCUCUCCAUCUAUCUCACUCUCUCCCACUCUCACUCACUCGCGCUCACUCAGAGAUCCUCUCCCAUCCAUCAACACAAGCACCUCUCUACUGUCAUCAGACGACCAGACACUUAUCGGCCAUUUAAUAUUUAAAUAACUACCAGAAUUGCCGUCUUCAUUUUUGUGCUUUUUGUCAUACUUUUGGCAUGUCUCCAAGCCAUUUUUUCAGGAUGAUGUUUUCUCAAGAGCAUCAGGCGGUGAUGGCUGGCAGUAUACCUCUCUGAGUGGUUAAAUAUUUCACGGACGCCGGCAAAGAGAAGAGACAGAAGGAGAGAGAAACCUCCCAACACAACCGACAGAGGGUGGAGGAGGGGACUGGUGGCAGCAGAAAAUGGCUACCAUGACUACGGUACCCAGCUAUAACCCUUCGCUGUGGGUGAGAAUGUGUCACGCCCUGCCCCGGCUGGACUUCUCCAUGCAGAUGAGGGACAACGUCUUUGUCCCUGUCAGCUGGGAGUACCAGCAGACUUUGCUGGUUUUGUCCAGUUUAUCAGCCAUCGCUCUUGUUAUCUCCCUAUUGGUGGUUCUCUCCUUCCUCAUACACUACUGCUGCUGUCACCGUGGUGACCGGAACGAAGGAUCAGAAGAAGAGGAGGAGGAUGAGGAUGGCAGCACGGGUCACGGUUACAGUGGGAAGAAGGGGCGGGGAAUCUGCUGUGUCACGUGGGUGGCGGUGGCGGCUGUCACGCUCUGCUGUGUUGCCAUAGGCAUCGGUUUCUAUGGGAACAGUGAAGCUAAUGAUGGGAUGUAUCAGUUGACCUCGUCUCUUCUCACAGCCAAUUAUACGCUAGCUUCCAUCGAUCUGCUGAUUUCAGACACAAUUACUGGACUUCAGCUGUCUAUCUCUGGACCACUGGCCUCGAUGGAGGAGUUAUUUACUGGCAGCAAACCCUUCCUGGUUUCGACGCGGAACUGCCGGAGGUUAUCUGAGAACGUCAUCAACCUCCUCUCCUCCAUCUCCCUGGCUCGGUCCAGCAUUGACACUGGGCUGGGGAAUGACAGCGGUAUCAGCGGGGCGUCCAUCACGCCUCUGACCCCGGUACCGCCCUCUGUGGCGCCUACAGUGGUGCCUAACAGCGGCUUAAUGGCCAGCCCCUUCUCACCUGGCUGGGCGGCCAACACACUGAUGGUUAAUGAGGACUACAGGUGGCUGUCUUAUGUGUUGCUGCUGCUCCUUGACCUCAUAGUUUGUCUGUUCAUCCUGCUGGGACUCGCCAAACAAGCCCGUUGGCUGCUCAUCCUGAUGACAGUGCUGGCUUGGCUGGCCCUCUUCCUAAGCUGGGGCUCCCUGGGUUUGGAGACAGCCACUGUGGUGGCUCUCAGUGACUUCUGCUCAGAUCCAAACGCGUUUGUCCUUAACUCCACCCACUUCAACAGUGGGACCAGCUCAGACGUGUUGGAUUAUUACCUGACCUGCAACAGGCGCAUGAACAGUCCAUUCCAGCAGCUGCUGACCCAGUCACAGAGGGCACUCUCAAACAUUCACACACAUCUCUCCAGUCUGGACAGAAAUGCUCUCACACAGUUCCCCAAAGCUGAGAAAUCACUCAGGGAUGUUCAACAGAUACUCAACUCAACAGAGGGCAACUUUCAUCAGCUGGUGGCACUACUGAACUGCCGGGGUCUGAAUAAGGACUACAUUGACUCACUGAAAGGCCUGUGCUAUGAUGGGAUGGAGGGAUUGCUCUACCUCUCCCUUUACUCUUUUCUCUCUGCUCUGGCCUUCACUGCCAUCCUCUGCUCUCUACCUGGUGCCUGGAGGAGCUUCCCCAGUGAAUCAGAGGAGUACGAAGACUCAGACAGCGAGAGUGAGGAUCCCUUCACUUCCCAUCAGGCACGUAGACAGACGUCCUCGGGGUCUCAGCGAGGGGCCAUGGCCCCCUUCUAUAAUUACCCAGGGGCAGGGUGGACACCCCCCUUUUCUAGCGCGCCGCCCCUCCCGACUCCAAACGUUUCCUCCAAUGGCAACCCUGGCUAUGAGAGCCUACCCUUGACUGACAGGCAGUCCCCACCCCCCUCUCGCAGUACUCUCCCAGCAUGCUGACUGGUUACGGGGGAAGUCAAUCACACCCCAACCCCGCCCAUUCGAGGAACCUGUAUUCACGUUGAUUAUUAUUAUUUUUUGUUAGGAAAUGUAUAGAAAAAAAAUGUUUAGUUUUCUUAUGAAUGGACACUUUAAUGAAAUGAAAAAGAAACUAAUCUAAAUAAAAUGAAUGCUAGGUGUCAAAGUGCGUAACGUCAGUACCACUGAGUAUUAUCAUUAUUACUAGUAUUAUUAUUAUUAAAAGCAAAAGAUACAACCGACAGUGAUUCUGCUGCUUGGUUAUGCUUUAAACCAAGUGUGCUUGGCCUAAAUUCCUCCCUCCCUUUUGUCCAAACUGUGUAAACUGUGGUGAGCCAAGUCAGAAUGGUAUUGACGUUACUACGUUGUAGUUUUAUAUUCUUAAAUGUAUCUGUACCACCACUUUAUUUUCGAGUUUUUAUAUAAAUAUUGUUGUAGAAAAGCACUGGCACGUAGCAACAAGACACAUUUUUUUCUGUGAAUGGUUAUGCAGUUCCUUCACUUGGUAUGAUUUUUUUUUUUAAAUUACUUUUUAUAGGUGGCGAUUCUGUAUUUUCCUCGUAUUACCUUAUGGUACUCUGUAUAUCUCUCACUGUCUGUAAUAUCUGAAUAAUCAUGAAUCUUUGCUCUUUAAAAAAACAAAAAACAAACAAACAAAAAAAACUUGAGGGCUGCCGUGACUCUGUUUUAAUGACGGAACGGAGAACCGCCACUCAAUCGCUGAGGGUGGAGAACUAGAAAUCCCAUGCCAUGACAGCAGGUACAUAGCAAUAUGAUUCUUGCUACUGGUGCUGCAGUAGCCCUACCAUAACUAGCAAUAAUAACUAUGUAUAGCGUUGGAUUUCUGAGAUCUCUCCAAGAAGUUUUUGUGUAUAUAUGGUACCGGUGUGAGAUUUCAUCGAAUCCCUCCCUCUCUGACCCCGUUAACCCUUGAAUUGAGUUUGUAUGGUUAUCAAUGCUCCUUUUGAAUGGCAUCCUUUUACACUCGAGAGUCUAAUAUAAAUAAAAAUAACUUCAAUAACCCGA